AGGAGGCUGUUCCCUCAGCCGACGCUAGGAGCUGUCCGCGGUGCUGAAGCCUCGGCUCGCUGCCUCGUCUCUCCAUGUGCCGACUGCUCACAGACAGAGACAGGAAUCCGCUUACUGAGCGUCCGAAUUAAAAAGGGACCUCCGCAUUUCACUUGAUCAUUCUCGACUAUCUUCGCGCUGCGAAUUACAGCGGAAGUGCCACGGCGAAUCGCGCGGCUCAGUUUAUGUUUUGCGCACGCUUGAAUUUCUCGCUUUCCUUGUUUUUUUCUUAAGCCCUGGAAGUAUUCUUUCCCAACACAAGGACGUGUUCUGUAGCUACGCGAAGAGCGACCUCCACUUUAGUAGACAUGUGUAUGAGACAAGACUGUCAAUUGAAGACCCUCUUCGCGGUUUUGGUCCUCGCCUCCGCCGUGGCCGACAUACAUGGACAAGCGCCAAAGGAAAACAACGGCAUCAGUAAGAGGACACUGGACCCAGACAAGGACUCGUCAACACAGGACACGGAGAGCGAAGUCCACUCCGUCACCACCGUCUCACCAAUGAACAUCCCCAACCACCAGCCUGUCCUCAAGGGCCUGCUGCUUCAUGAGCACCUACUUUCAAGGGAUUUCCAGGGGGACCAACACUUUUUUAAGAGGGAUGGCUCUGUGGCUGCAUAUUCCACCAUGCCAGGCUCUGUGUCUACCUCAGAUGCAAGGGACCCUGUCACUCAGCUGGUGCCCCACGAGGAUGCCCCAGCCUUUUCAGACAUUGCCACCACUGCCACUGUGGCUGCCACCUCCCCACUGACCACAUUUUCUCCCACAACACCAAGGCCGCCCAUAUCUGGUCCUCAAAAGAAGUCCUCUAAGACAAGGGGGGCAGACAAGGUCGAGCCAACAACAGACUCCCUCACCACUCAAGUGACACCAAAUCAUAGAGGCUCAGUCAGCGAAAACCCAGUGGCGUCUUUAUCAUCGCAUAGAAGUCGGCCUCAAAUUUGGAGUGCGCCUCCAAUAGAAGCGACCCUGGCCCCCUCCUCAAAGCGGAUGGAGGAAGGAGAAGCGAAGGAAACAGCGCUGAAAAAGAAAACCAGCCCCGAUCAUCCCCUCCCCAACCUAACUUCCAGAGAGGAAGGUGCCAACACGACGUCCACAACUGUAAUCACCACCAUCACCACCAUGCAAACAGCAGAGCCAUGCAGCCUGAAUUUCACUGACCCUGAGGGCAACAUCGAAAUCCUGCAGCAGCUUGAGUCUGGAGCGGAGUGUAACUACCUGGUUACGGUCUACCUGGGAUAUGGCAUUGAGGUUCAGGUGCUAAAUGUGAGUGCUUUGGAGGGGGAGCAGGUGACAGUGGAGGACACGGGUGGCCGGGAACCCUUCAUCCUUGCCAAUGAGUCAGUCUUAAUGAGGGGCCUCGUACUGCGCAGCUGGAGCAAUCAGAUCUCCAUCCGAUUUCGUAGUGACCAACAGCACAACUCCGGAUUUGUCCUGCUGCAUUACCAAGCCUUUGUGCUGAGCUGUGCAUUCCCCAAAGAGCCUGCUGGUGGAGAAGUUUCCGUGACACACCUCCACCCCGGCGGAGAAGCCGACUUUCGCUGUUUCACUGGCUACAAGCUGCAAGGCCCCAAAAUGCUCGCCUGUCGCAAUGCAACUACGCCUUACUGGAGUGGAAAGGAGCCCCGAUGUGUGGCAUCCUGUGGGGGAAUGAUAAAAAAUGCCACCUAUGGUCGUAUCGUCUCUCCUGGUUUCCCUGGCAACUACAGCAACAAUUUGACGUGCCACUGGGUCCUGGAGGCCCCUGAAGGCCACCAGCUCCACAUUCACUUUGAGAAGGUGGCUCUGGCAGAGGAUGAUGACAGGCUGCUGAUUAAGAAUGGCAACAACAUAGACUCUCCCCCUGUGUACGACUCCUAUGAGGUUGAGUAUUUGCCCAAUGAGGGUGUGCUCAGUACUGGACGUUACCUGUUUAUAGAGUUCACCACAGAUGGGACAAUGACCUCCACCGGUGCAGCAAUCAGAUACGAAGCUUUUGCCAAAGGCAUGUGCUAUGAGCCCUUUGUCAAGAACGGCAACUUCAGCGGCGGCGACUCCACCUACAGCGUGGGUGCAGUGGUUGAGUUCUCCUGUGACCCUGGCUACACGCUGGAGCAAGGCUCCGUAGUGAUUGAGUGCGUGGACGCACAAAACCCACAGUGGAAUGAGACCGAGCCGGCUUGCAGGGCUGUGUGCAGCGGGGAGAUCACCGACUCUGCCGGUGUGGUGCUGUCUCCUAAUUGGCCUGAGGCCUACGACAAGGGGCAGGACUGCAUCUGGGGUAUCCAUGUGGAAGAGGACAAGAGGAUCAUGCUUGACAUCCAAGUUCUCCACGUUGGUAAGAAUGAUCUGCUGACCUUCUAUGAUGGUGAUGACCUGACGGCUAACAUCCUGGGCCAAUACAGUGGCACACGGCCACACUUUAAGCUCUACACCUCCAUGGCUGAUGUCACUAUUCAAUUUCAGUCCGAUCCUGCCACCAACAUCUACGGAUACAACAACGGCUUUGUGGUCCACUUCUUUGAGGUGCCGAGGAACGACACCUGCUCGGAGCUGCCAGAGAUCACCAACGGCUGGAAGAGCACGUCUCACCCCGACCUCAUCCACGGCACCGUCAUCACCUACCAGUGCUACCCUGGAUUUGAGCUGGUGGGCUCUGAGAUCCUCAUGUGCCAGUGGGAUCUCACUUGGAGCGGCGAUGUGCCGAAAUGUCAGGAAGUUUUGACGUGCCAGGACCCAGGAAAUGUGGAGCACAGUCACAAGGUGAUCGCAGGCAACCGUUUCAUCGUUGGAUCGACGGUACAGUUUAUCUGUAAUAAAGGCUACAUCAUGUCUGGCAGCAGCCUCCUCACCUGCUACAACCGAGAUUCAGCCACACCCAAGUGGAACGAGAGGCUGCCCAAGUGUGCCCCUGAAAAGUACGAGCCAUGCAGGAACCCCGGUGCUGCCUCCACCAGUGUGCAGAGCUCUGAAAAGGCCUUUUACCAAGCCAGAGAGAUGCUCAGCUUCUCCUGCCACUCAGGCUACGAGCUGCACGGUGACGCCACCAUCUACUGCAUCCCCGGACACCCGUCACAGUGGAAUAGCACUCCACCUGCCUGCAGAGCAUCCUCAACCCAAUAUGAGAACGAACGCAGGCUAGAUGUUGUAAAUAUGGAUUAUAGCAUGGAGGGAACCAAUAUUGCCCUUGCAGUUUUUAUUCCGACCGCAAUCAUUUUGGUGGUUGUUCUGGGGAUUUAUGUCUACUUUGCAAAACUCCAAGGGAAGACCAUCAGAAUGCCGACGUCCUCGCCACCGUAUGACAACAUGACGGAAGAGUCGGCUUUCGACAACCCGAUAUACGAGAGCGGACACUGGCAGUCUCAUUCUAGAUACUAAGUGUCAAUCUGUCCACUUUGGCCGUACUGCUGACGAACUAUGAGGCGAGAUCUCCUCCUGGUGCAGAGAGCACAUCUCACUCACCGUCACCUGACCCUUUUCUGUUUUGGCUACACCUCCCCAACCUGCCACACAUUCUGAUCAGCUGGUUGGUCGCUCUGCUCUUCUAUUAACACUGGCUGCCUAACACCACGUCAGUAUUUGCAGACCACUCUCACUAUACAGAACCACUGGUUGGUGACAAUUUAAAAUGCGUUGGUGACGCAGUCAUGAGACAUUUGGCCUCUUGACAUACAAUCAUGUUUGUUUGUUUUUACAACUCAAAGAUUGCUUAAAGAUUUGCAAGAAUUCUUACAUGAAUGAAAACUCUCUACCUUAAAUAUAAAAACAACAACUUUGACCCAACUUUCAGCUUCUAACUUGUUUUUCACUUCAACCCGCCCCUCUUCUGCCUUGCAUCUGUCAUUCUAUCAUUUCAGUAAGGAUAAUGUUGUGCUGUCUUGGUUCAUUAACUAUUGUAUAUGUGUGAUUGUGACAUCUAUGCAACAUGCAUACUGGUCAUAUUUAGUUUUGUGUCCUUAAAGUAUAGCAGCAGCACUUCAUUUUGGGGUAUUAUUGUGUUAUUAUUUGUUUAUUUCUUAAGAAAAGACUGAUGUUGCCAACAGAUAAUAAUUUGGAAAAAUAAUUGUGUUCAAUUGAUACUUAUUGAUAAUAAAUGUUUAUGGGAAUUAAUAGUCCACUGUAAACAAUAUCUCUUCUCAUGACGUCAUCAUUUCUGUUUUUGUCAUGCUCAUACCAAAUUGUGUAUGUUUCCACAUUUUAGGUUUAUUAAAAUGUGCAAAACAUUACUGAUGAACGGUAUUCUUAUGUAGUAAAUCAUCAUUAUGCCAGCACUAUAGAGAUUUGUUAUCUUAACUCAAACAUUUUCAACAUAUCAGACAAGAGUUCGUAUGUUUUUAUUGUGCAUCACAAAUUGUACAAUCCUCUUAUCACUAUAAUUCUUUACAGGACAAAUUAAAAAAAUGAAGGUGUCCAUUUAGAGACCUUUAAUGCAAGAAUUGCUAAAGCUUUGCCUUUUGAGACCCUCUCUACACUGCUCAUCAUUUCCCUCCAUUCUUUUUUGUUCCCAAUUGAUUUCUUUCCAUUUCCCCUUUGUGUGGAUUACUGUAAAUAUGUCUUUCUGUCCACGGUCAGAAUCUGUGGAUCACCAUGGUGAUAUUUUUAUAAAGUAAAAUGGUGAUGACCGUUGGUGAUUGUAUGUUUCUAAGUACUUUUUUUUGAUGCCCUAAUCCAGUAGCAAUUAAAGACUGAGGGGAAACAAUGCUUUGAUUGCCAAGAUCUGUUGGAUACAAAUUCCCCAUCAACCAUCACUCUUUGGAAACUUUCCAUCAUUCCUUUAAUUUUUAUUUGUGUGUACGGGUCUGCUCUUUGUAAAUAAACUGCCUGUCCAAUAAGAGUGCCUCACGACUGACUAUAACCUGAGAAGUAUCACGUGUGAACAUGUUCGUAAAACUAAAUCUUUUGUUUUGUCUAUUUUGUAUUUGUGGGCCUGAUAUUAUUAGUACUUCACACUGCGUUGAGGCUUUUCUGUCCUACAGUUUCUCUUCUGGAAACAAAAAACAAAUGACGGAUAUACUUUCCUACGAGCUGAUGUGUGGUGUCAACUGGAUAUAGCAUCGGAGGAUUUCUCACAUACUCUUAACGCAUUGUUUUCAUGUGGGACUCAUCAGCGACGCAUCAUUUUGUUCUUAUGUCACACUGUAAAGUCUGCCUCAAAGGAAAAAUAGUGAUUUGUUCAUUUGUAUAUGUUCCAAAAUGUGGUUGCGCCUCAGCAUCAUCAGACCCCGAGAUAAAAACCCAGUGAUAAUGUGAUUUACAAUACGGACUGAUGCAGGCUGUUGAGUCAAAUAUCGGAUUGAUUCCUGUGUUGCAAUUGAAAUUUCACUGUGCAAAAUGAAUCCUUAUGAAACAGAUGGGUCUUUACCUGGGGUCGCAAGCGGAUCCAUAUAUGCUUGGGUUAAAUCUGUAUAUCCUUUAUACUCUAUAACAAAUCAUUUUCCACAUCACAGCUGGUGCAACCACACCCAGGAAACCAAAUCACCUUCAAAUAUCUAUGUCCUCUGAUUGAUAAUAAAAUAAAUUGUUGCUUAAA